AUGGGCAAAGGAAAGGGAGGAAAGGCCGGAGGCAAGAGUGGGAAAACCGGUGGUGACGAUUCUAAGGGCUCGUCGCGAUCAGUGAGAGCAGGACUGCAGUUCCCUGUCGGUCGCCUCCAUCGUAUGUUGAAGAAGGGUAACUAUGCUCUCCGCAUUGGUGCAGGUGCGCCUGUCUACCUCGCCGCUGUUCUGGAGUACUUGGCUGCAGAGAUUCUGGAGCUCGCUGGAAAUGCCGCUCGCGAUAACAAGAAGGCCCGCAUCGUCCCCCGCCACCUUCAGCUUGCCAUCAAGAAUGAUGAAGAACUGAACAAGCUACUCGGUUCUGUCAUUAUCUCACAAGGUGGUGUCGUUCCUCACAUUGCACAGGAGCUUCUUCCGUCUAAGACGAAGGUGACGCGAGGUCGUUUCAAUUCUUCCACCGCCCUCGCUGCUUAG